GCUUUUUGAACGGUCUGUUUCAGCUCGUUUUUAUCCUUUUUCUUUUGAAAUGAUUUACUGCGUUUUUCUUCGGUUGAGUUUUGUCUCGCUUGAAGUUCUUGUUUGCAGAUAUUGGGAUCUUGUUCUUAAGUGAUAUAUAUCUUCUCUGCUUUGUGUUGUGGUCUUGUGGAUUUUCUCUUCAAGAUGCUUUAGUGUUUUUUGGUGGAGUCUUUUUUUUUUUUUUUUUUUCUGUGGACUUCUCGUUUUGGUGAUCCUUUUGUACUUUUAUCGUUUUUUUCUUAGGUUAGGAAGUUAAGAUCUCCGCCUGUAAGUUUUUUGCAGCUCAAAUCAUUUUUAUUCUUUCUUUUUCCAGUUUGGUUCCUCCUCAGUCGGUUUGGUCGCCGAGAAAGUGUAGAGAAUUAGUUUUACAUUUUUUUUAUACAUCUCGUUUUCGGGAAAAAUCAAGUCAGCACCAAAACAGUUGUAUGGGAUUUUUUUUUGAUGAGUAGUAUUAUUUUAUUGACUUUCUUGGACUUGUUUUCUUCCGAAACUUAAUGCUUACAUUUCUUUUAAGCUUUUGCGUUUCCGUUUCUCUCUGCUAGUUAAGAUCCAUCUUGUAGGGGUUUUUUUAAGUAUCCAAAUCUGCUUCAAUCUGUGAGCUGAUUUUUAUUUUCCAUGAAUAGAAGCUUUUUUUUUUAUAAGAUUUUCUGAAUUAUUCUACCUGAACAGUUUCCUUCUAUUUAAUAUAUCUGAAAUUACUUAUAAGCAUACAUUCUGUAUAUAGAAGUUGGUUUUCUAGACAAUUUGUUGAGAUUGGGUGAAGGGGAUUGAGUUUUUUCUUCUUUGCUUAUUAAAAGAUCGUUAUUUUAGUUGCUUUCCUUUCACUUGUUGGUGCUUUGAGAAGUAGAUUUCCUUCCGUUGACUCUUGAAAGCAAGAAAAUCAUCAGGAAGUAUCCUUGUGAAAUUUAAGCUAUAGAAUUACUUGACGGCAAUGUUACUGCUGAGUUUGGAUUUGGAAGGGGACGAUGGAUUGGAUUUGGGAGGUUAUUUUGAGAAUUCUGGAAUCUGAUGUCUCCGCCACUGCUGGGUGUGGAAGAAGGGCAGAGCAAUGUCUCUUUGGUGGCCUCUUCACCCUCUGUUGACUGUAUUUCCCAGAACAGAUCUGGGUUAAAAGAACGGAACUAUCUGGGGUUGUCAGAUUGUUCUUCAGUUGACAGCUCAGCUGUCUCCAGCCUUCCAGAGGAUAACAAGAACAAUCUGAAUUUGAAGGCCACAGAACUGCGGCUUGGUCUCCCUGGAUCACAAUCACCUGAGAGAGAACCAGAUCUAUGCUUGCUGGGCUCAGGGAAAGUUGAUGAGAAGCCACUGUUUCCACUGCUUCCUUUGAAGGAUGGUGUGUGCUCAUCAUCCCAUAAGAGUGUUGUUUCUGGCAACAAAAGAGGAUUCUCUGACACCAUGGAUGAGUUCUCUGAGGUGAAAGGAUCUGCAUAUACUGAGAAGAAUUGGAUGUUUCAUGCUACUGGAUCUGAUUCUGAAUCUCCACAAUCUGUGGGGCAAGGAAAGUAUCCUAAUAAUUCAGCAAUCAAUGUCAUGCUAUCAUCCCGCAACUCUGGGACUCAACCAGCCAUUAAAAAAGAUGUGCCCCAGAAUAUGCUUCAGGAACGACCACGAAUUCCAAAUGGAAGCAACCUUAACCAAACUGGUGCUUCGAACAAUAGUAGCAGUGCCCCUGCUGCCAAAGCGCAGGUUGUUGGUUGGCCACCCAUUAGAUCAUUUAGAAAGAACACAUUGGCCACCACCUUGAAAAACAAUGAUGAAGUUGAUGGAAAACCUGGUCCUGGUGCUCUUUUUGUGAAAGUUAGCAUGGAUGGUGCUCCUUAUCUGAGAAAGGUAGACUUGAGAACUUACUCCACCUAUAGAGAGUUGUCUUCAGCCCUUGAAAAGAUGUUUAGCUGUUUUACUCUUGGUCAAUGUGGUUCUCACGUAGCUCCUGGAAGGGAUAUGUUGAGUGAGAGUAAGUUGAAGGAUCUUCUCCACGGAUCAGAAUAUGUGCUUACCUAUGAGGAUAAAGAUGGUGACUGGAUGCUCGUUGGAGAUGUUCCUUGGCAGAUGUUUAUUGAUUCAUGCAAGAGGCUGAAGAUCAUGAAAAGCUCUGAUGCCAUUGGCUUGGCUCCCAGAGCAAUGGAGAAAUCAAAGAACCGGAACUAGUCAAACGUGAAGCUGCACAGGUGGGAAGAAAGAAGGAAGAUCCCAGAAGAGAAAAAUGCAAAUAGAAGGAUGGUUUGAAGAAGUAUAGCAACUCCAUGGUUGAGAUUUGUAACCUCUCGUACCUAUGUUUUGGUUGGCAUGAAAGUUGAUGUUAGUUUAUGUUUUGUUUUAAAAUUGCCGUGAUUAUUGUAGAACAUUUAAUUAAGAAAACUAGUGCUUGUGAAGUUUACUAUAUAAUAUUUAUAGGAAACUUUAAGUUGUUGUUGGUCA